AUGACCCCCGCGAUUUGUUCCGAGCCAGGAUGCAGCAACGUGCUUUUCGAUUCCGACCAAAGCCGAUAUCCCGGGUCCCUUUCUCGUCCGGCACCCCAACAUGGUAAUCGAGCAAUUCAGAGGCUCGACAUGCGUUCACGGUGCUCAGCUUGCUUCAACGCCAAGUAUAACCACCAAUACUCAGCGACAAGCUACAAGUGGUCUCACGACACCCGCAAAGGUGGGAUUGACAUCAGUGUCUAUGAUGAGGACAACCAGGCCCUGGACAAGGUGAAAAUCCCGACCUACAGCGUCCCCAUGGUCAACACGAUAUUGAAACAAGAUCUCUUCUUCCAAGACACCCUCAACACAGAGCCCGGCAAUCGAGUUGAGGACUGGGAGAUGGGCAAUGUUUACAGCACAUACGGCAACUGUAAGAAUCUAAUGUGUUUCGAGAACGCUUCAGAUCGCCGCAUCAACCGGGGGAAUCUUCAUCUAGCGGGCGAUCGCAACCGUGGAUCUUCCCUGAACAGCAACUUCUGCAGGAGAGAGCGGUGGAUUGCAAAUGCCCGCAAUAUUCCCACCACUUGGUACAACGGGUCUGGCGGAACGACCAAGAACCUGGACAGAACGGGAUCCAGGGAUGGGACCAACCCCAAUAGCACGUAUAAGGACAGGGAACUGCUUUACGAAACCGACACCACUAUCACCGACAAGAUUGUUACACCUGGCAUGGAUCCAAUAGAGCGAAUGAACGCGAUUUUAAGCCUGCCAAGCGCCGAAAUGGGAGAACACAUCGAACAGGUCUUGACGGGAAACGGGCUCUUCGGGUUCGGACAAUCCUUUCCCAUGAAUCCGCCAUCGACAAUCUCCCUCGAAGACCAAAUGGAUGCAUUGGCACUCGGCUCUUCUGCAUACAAUCCCGGCAACGGUCAUGGCUCCUCAUCCGAUCCCUUUGGCGGAUACUCCGAUCCCUCUGGUGGAUACUCCGAUCCCUUUGGCGGAUACUCCGAUCCCUCUGGUGGAUACGCCCGGCGACGGUGA